GAACACUUCACCCAACAGUAACAGUAGUUCAUUCACAUCUUAGGACAGAUUCAUCAUCCUUUUCAACGUGAAGAGCGCGAUGAUUUCGACUGCCCCUACUUGUCGAGAGAUGUUUUCGCGGAGAGGCAUGAUCUACGAGGACAUCCAGUAUUGAAAAGUAACAAAUCAUGUCUGGCUUCACGGCACUGAAUGUCGAGCCAGAGGACACAUUUGAAGACGAGGUCGAUGAUACGAAGGAAAUCCAACUUGAAGAGGCCUUCAAGCUCUAUCAAAAUGCCUUGAAACUCCACUCGCAGGGCUCCGAGUAUUUCCAGGAGGCUCUCGACGCCUACCACGAACUGUUGCAGUCCGAAGUUUUCAAGUAUCCAGAGGCACUUUCCGACUAUGGACAGGACGAAACAGAAGACGAUCAAACCGCAGGCCCUACACAGACCGAUGCCCCAACUGUCCCCUUGCUCCCUAGCAGUGCCGCCGACAGUUCUGCGAGUUCCAUUCCCCAGCUGCUCUACCUCACAUUCAAGAACAGGGGCCAGUUUGUUCUGGACGUAGCUCGUCACGAACUUCCUAACAAGAAAGAUUCCAGGGCUGAAGUAUGUCGCUACUACGCCAAAUCUUGCAAUGAAAGCAUCCGCAACUUUGCAAAAGCCCUUGAACGCGAUGACAGUGAUCUUGAUCUAUGGAAAAAGGCUGCUCGGGUUGCGGAUGUACUGUUAUCGCAAAGAGUGGCUCGCUUCUGUUUGGAAAGUGUUCUUGCGGGUGACGACGAGGAUACUGAUCAAGCCAUCGAUCUAUCAGGUCUCGAUGAAGCUUUUGCGGCUGGCGAGCUCGAUGAAGUGGUCGAAGUUCUACAGGAUGAUCUCAGUCGUCUCCGAAGUUCGGACGUGAAACCUAAGGACAAGCUUUUGGCUGCGCUCAGGAAGACGAAUGAUCCUUACCCAUUCCUACCCAACCGUACGAAGACGCUCGAGUACCUUGAUGACAGUUCCAGACCUUCAGGCUCAGGGGUCAUCGCAACGACUUUAAACUCAAGCGAUUAUCUUUCGCUUGGACAUGCUAUUGAGGAAGUCAUCCAAGGCAUCCAAGAUGGUUACACAAAACUUACGAGCACCACCACUAUCAAGGUUGAAGUACCAAUUUUGGCAACGAAUGGCAAUACUCGGCCAGCUCCUGCAACAUUGAGUGCCGCUGGUAUCGAAGUGGGGACCGCCCCUAAAGAAGACAAAGUGAUGCAGGAUGUGGCAGUGGCAGUGGCAGUCACAGAAAACCCAAGCAUUGCGCAUCCGCACGCGGACCAGGUUAGUUCGCCUGAGAAAUACUCAUCAGAAAAUGUUGCGCCGGGUGAACAAGCAGGUCAAGCGUCUGAUGGAGUGGACGAUGAGAACACAAUCGAAGUUCUGAGUGCUGCACCAGCAGUUCGUGAUGGCACAAACGCAGCAUCACGAAAGCGAUCAUCAACGGUUGCUGGCAACGAGGAACCGGAGGGCCGUACGAAAAGCAAGAGAUUACGGGCGAGGGAAUCAUUAAUCGAUCUUGCCGCGCACGAGGAUGAGACCGUGCAUGAAGAUUCGCAGGUCUUCUCAGAUCAAUUAGUCUACUACGAACAAGCGGAUCAAGCAACAUUCGAUAACAUUAACUCAUUGCUUGCAAAAUUCGACUUAAAAUUGUAUCUUUCGGCAGAGGAAGCGAAGCAAUCAUUCUGGCGGGGAAGCGUUACCCAGGACAAGACGAAUGGCGUUGGCAAAGACCUCGCGUUGCUGAACGACUUCAAAAACGCCCUGACAAAUUGGUCAGACGAGAAGAGUCAGGCCCUCCUUCAAGGGCACGGCAGCCAAGAUUUUGUGGAAAAGUCAACCGGCAUGACAUUGUUUCUGCAACACUCCAGAGUUGGUAGUACCAAAGGAAGCGCGCCCUCAGUAAGCUCUAACAGGGCAGCGCUACUAUCGACAGUGAAACACAUCAAUGCUCAACCGACGAAUAUUUACGAUGCUGCUUAUUACUGGCUCUUUUCCGUCAUGGCUUCCACCACAGGCGGCAGCGCAACGUCAGCUUCUUCAUACAUGACGGAGACAUGGCCAGAAGAAAUGAAGACAACGAUUGUGCGAUUGGCCAUGGCAACUGAUAGCUACCUUCACGAUCGACUUAGUCAGUCAUUCACAUCACUGAGCCACUCCGGCCAAGGAACUCUGAUCGAAGCGUCUUCGACUAUCUUGGGGCAAUUCACAAUUGUCCAAACUCUGUUCGAAAUCCACCUCGAUGUUUAUGCAGCAAUCACGAAUCCAGGCAGCGAAGUGAAUGACGAGUCUCGCACCAGACAAGGCGGUCGCUUGACGAGAUGGGCUAGUUUGGCGGACGAUUUCAUGCACCUGUACAUCGCCCAACACCAAGAACCUGAGCUGACAGAUCCUCUGAUCUUACGCUUCAUCUGGGCAUCAACCACAUAUGCCACUUUGGCGGAAGAGGUUGACAAAACCCAUGUAUUGUUGUGUCUGGAAGACUUGAAAGCACUACUUCAACGGAUGAACGCUUCGGCGAUUCUACUACCCAAUAAUGGAACCAUGCCUGUGGUUUCUGUAGAAGCCGUCGAACAAGAGAUCUCACGGUUAAGCACGCUUGACUUCUUCACGGGCGUCUUCGACAGUGACAACAGCGACCCUGUCGCGGUCAUCGAGAAACUGGAGCCUAUCUUGGAAGCUACAAUACGCGAUGCAGCGGGAGAAUCACCCCAGCAGAACAUGUCCGACAAGGCUGCAAUGCAGGAAGAACAGUUGAUUAAGUUCCUUGAGUCAGGUGACGCUGCCCUCAAGCUCUUCCUUUGGAGGCGUCUUCAGAAUGCGUACACAGCGAUAUCGUACACGCCGAGGGUGAUCUCCUGUCUGCUUAGGGCUAUCGAGACGUGCUUCAACGAGUUACAUACUAGUCGACAUUGGGAACUCGAUGAAAGUAGCCGGCAGACCUCCAUUCUCAAAUGGCUCAAGGAUAUUGACGAACUUAUGGUCAAAGUGCUUGUCAAGUUGAACAACGAGCCCCGUGGAUUCGAAUGUGUGGACGAUGCGCACCUCAAUUUGUCUUUGAGAACUGUUACCGCCAUUGUCAAAGUGCUGUAUGGGUUUGUCAUCUAUGAAGACUCCAUCAGAGUCGGGCAGACAAGUCCUCCUCAGCUGAAGGGAGCAGCUUCCACGAAGUCAUACGAUAAGAGUAAAGACAGACUCAAGGAGAUGUUGGUACGAGCAUGGACGCUGCAGUAUUUCCUUGUGAAGGAAGCUACCGUGCAAGACCCAGCCUCGUAUGCCAGAUCUGCCGAUGACUUGGCAGAGUAUCUGUGUACCGUUCACCAUUCACUAGGCAUCAGGCACUACUGCAAGUAUGCUAAUAAGUCCUUCGUCAAGCUUGUGAAAAUUGAGUUGGGAAAUUUGAAGACUGAGCAGGACUACUCUGCCGACAUGGCGCAGGUGUUUUUUGACCUUUACCAGCUACGAUUCGCAGUUGGCAUUGGAGAUAUGAACCACGCAUGUCCAAUAGAGAACAUGGACAAGAAGACUGCUUGGUCGUUGAUCCCGACUGUCAUGCACUAUGUGGAGAAAACCAACAUCAAAGAUCUUAUCAAGAGUGAGCUCAAAGGCACCAUUGAAAAGGUCCAGCAAGCUUUGGGAACAGUCAAGAGCACGUCGACUAUAUCGUACAACAAGCGAAUCAUCUCGGCGUACUUGAAGUCCAGCGUCACCGCAAACGACCUCUUCAGAUGCAUUCGAGGCAUAGGGGAUCUGACAACACGUGUUGUGCACACCGAUACACAGGAUGCUGCCAUCAGUGGAUGGUAUUUCCUACUUGGACAUAUGAGUCUUGCAAAAUACAAGUCGGCCAAGCGCGUCACGCCAACACCGACCGAUGAUCUGGAUAUCGCGGCCAGCUUCUUCCGACUAGACCUUGAUCACGACAUUGACAAGUGGGAGACAUGGUAUCGACUUGCUCAGGUGUACGAGGCGAAGAUUGAAGAUGACCUCAUUUGGAAUUCCACCAAGCUAAAUGACGCGAGGGGCGAGAUUGCCAUGCUGGAGCGUCAAGCUAUACACUGCUACAUCAUGUCCACCGCAAUUGCUAUGCGCUCCGCAGGCGAUACUCCUGGCACAGCACAGAAGAUUCAGGACAUGUUUGCUGAGUUUGCGACUCGUUUAUAUGCCUCUUCUCGCCCUCCUCUCAACAUGGAGGCCUUCAAGACCGACAAACAUAUGCGGCAUUUGAGUAGCAUAGUCGAUCAAACGAUGUCGAAGCAGCCAUACCAUACACCUAUCAGUGAAUACGCGCUAUGGCAUUUUGCGGCAUACCUUCUGAGCCGGAAAUUCACGGACAAGUCGAAGCCGUGGACGAUGCACUAUACCCAUGCCAAGUGCAUGUGGAAGAUGUUCCGUCACCCCGAAAAUAGUGGACGAAUUGUGGCUGAAGAUGUCAUUGAUCCCAUCGUUGAGGCUAUUCAUGCUCUACCACUGAAGAAAGACAAAUCUAACGAACCGUUACUGGAACCUCACUUCAAGCUGGUUUCCAUCGUCCACAAGAUGGUCAAACUUGGUGCCCUAACACCAACGCAGGGGCAAGAGUACAUGCAAGCAACACGUUAUGCUCUCGGCGUGCAUUUGUCUGAGGAUGAAGAGGGCGCGGACUGGGAGACUUACGUGCUUGAAAUCUUGCAUAAACUCGAGCAUGCAGACAAGUCUAACUGGCAUCACAGAAUUACGGCUCGAGCGGCACAUGUGCUCUAUGACGACGAUCCCACUCUUGCGGGGGCCUUAGGGGCGAAGCAUGAAUUUACGAAGCAGAUCUUUACGAAGACAAUGACAUUGCAAGUUUGGAAGCCGGAGCAUGAACGUCCUGGCCGUCACUACGUGUACACUGGCCAGUACGUUGCUUUUUUUGUACACUUGCUUGAGCAGCUGAGUGAUCGUGCCAACCUUGAUCAGUUGGUCCGCCGCAUUCGCAGGAAAACAACCGACUUCCUUGAUCACGCCAAGGUGUGGGAAGAAGUUGUGACAGCUUUUGUACGGUCUCUCAGACGGCUCGGCAAGAUCGCUGAAGGGCGUGAGAGGGCUCUCUUUGAUGGCAUGAACCAUGAAGAAUUCACCAAGAAAUCGGAGCAAUUGGAGACAUGGUCACACGAUCCUGACACAUCCUCUGUCUACUUGGAUAUUAUGAAAGAUGCUAUCGAUUUGAAACGUCUCAACAACAGCUUGAUGAAAGGGCCUCUGAUUGACGAUCUCAUUGGUGAUUCGUAUGCCUGUCUAUACGACGAGUACGUGAAGCAGCUGCCUCCUGAAGAACAACCACGGCCACAGACACCUCCCUUUCCCCAAGGUAUUUUCAUUAAUAUGACAACCGAUCUUGCCGCUGGGGCAGACGCAGACGCCGAGCGAGCUCGGCUAAGUAGCAUGCUCCGAGCUCAAGGCGAUGGUGCUCCUGACGGACCAUUGGCCGUCUCGAUCUCUGCACCGGUCGGUCUUGGUCUGCAGAACUCUCCACAACCACCUUCCACCACGCCUGCUCCAACCGAGCUCCUGUCGGCUCCCUCCCGUCCUGGGCGUACGAAGACUGUCACUAGGCGUGAAAUUCAACGUAAGGCCGAGGCGGCGAUUGUGAAACCACCCCCAAUCAAGACACCAAUCUUGGGAAAGAGGCCAAUUGUGGAGAUCCCAGCAAGAGCCACAAAUGAGGAGUCGCCAUUUGACAAACGAAUGGGUGACGUGAAGGAAGAUGGUGCGGAAGGUAGUAAGGCAAGCUCAAGACGUGGGAGUGUCCAAGACAGCGCAGAUGGAGAGGCCGAUGGAGAGGACAAUUCAGGCAGCGAGCUUAGUGAGCUCGAUGAUAUGGAGGACGAGAAGAAACAGCUUUUGACGGAGCUCGAGAAGGCUCAAGCCGAUGGCAACGAGGCUGAUGAAGAGGGCGAAGGCGAAGGAGACGAAGUUGGUGAGGAUGAAGAGUCGGAUGGAGACAAAGAGAGCGAUCAACAGGAUGAGGAAAUGGCUGACGCAGCAGAGGAGCUUGAGAUUCAAGACUCACAGGAGGUGAAGACAGGUCAGGGAACGCCUGCCGAAGGUGAAGAAGAGGACUUUCAUGAGGCUCACGAGUAGAGCUCCGGGUCUGACAGGUCUGAGAGACCCUUGAACAUGGAUGAUCUCAGGCCGAGUGAGCGAUGCACUCUUGUAUGAGAUAACUCAUAGUCUUUUGGAGAUAUCAAUAUGGGCAUCACUGGCACUGACAAUGCACACGAGCAAUACUGUUCUCUCUCCGCUGUAGAUGUUCUGAUUGGCGGACUCGCAAAACAUGCCGAUGAUCUGCCGUUGCUGUAACAGAAAUUGUUCCCCAGACUCACGUUCAUACAAUAGUGC